CGAAAACCCUUUGGCUUUGACAGCCACCACCACAAGUCUUUCCGCCUCCCCGGGCUGCCUGGGAGCUGGGAGCUGGGAUUAUGGUGGCCUGAGCCACAAACGCAGCCGCAGGAGCCUGGAGCCCCUGACCCUUCCCCUGCCGCCGCCCCACCAGGAAGACCAGGAAAGCAGCCUCAGACCUGCCAUGCCUGCCCCGCCCAGCCCCCCGGGGGGCCUGAGACGGCCUCUCCCGGACCGCUGCUGAGGCUGGACCACCAGCCAGAUGUAGCCGGGCUCCGGAGCCGUCUCCUCCCCUCCUGUCUCUGAGGAUCUCUCCUGCCCGAUCCCCACCUCCUGGCCCAGGGGCCGGCCGAAGGGCCUGCAGGCUCUGGAGCCCUGAUGCCUUCCUGCUCACUCUCCUGAGAAGCCACCUCUAGCACCCAGAGUUGGGGGCAGGCCCCAGGGACAGACGUGGGCCAAAGUGAGCCCAGAGUGCCCCAAGGCCAGGGCCCACCAUGGCCCAAGCACUGCCCUGGCUCCUUCUGUGGAUGGGCUCUGGGGUGCUGCCUGCCCACGGCUCCCAGCCCGGCAUCCGGCUGCCCUUGCGAAGCGGGCUAGGGGGUGCCCCCCUGGGGCUGCGGCUGCCCCGGGAGACCGACGAGGAGUCCGAGGAGUCCGGCCGGAGGGGCAGCUUUGUGGAGAUGGUGGACAACCUGAGGGGCAAGUCCGGCCAGGGCUACUACGUGGAGAUGACAGUAGGAAGCCCCCCACAGACGCUCAACAUCCUGGUGGACACAGGCAGCAGUAACUUCGCAGUAGGGGCCGCCCCCCACCCUUUCCUGCACCGCUACUACCAGAGGCAGCUGUCCAGCACGUACCGGGACCUCCGGAAGGGCGUGUAUGUGCCCUACACCCAGGGCAAGUGGGAGGGGGAGCUGGGUACCGACCUGGUGAGCAUCCCCCACGGCCCCAACGUCACCGUGCGCGCCAACAUUGCUGCCAUCACGGAAUCAGACAAGUUCUUCAUCAAUGGCUCCAACUGGGAGGGUAUCCUGGGGCUAGCCUACGCGGAGAUCGCCCGGCCCGAUGACUCCCUGGAGCCGUUCUUUGACUCCCUGGUGAAGCAGACCCAUGUGCCCAAUCUCUUCUCACUGCAGCUCUGCGGCGCUGGCUUCCCCCUCAACCAGUCGGAAGCGCUGGCUUCAGUUGGAGGGAGCAUGAUCAUUGGGGGUAUCGACCACUCACUGUACACGGGCAGCCUCUGGUAUACUCCCAUCAGGCGGGAGUGGUAUUAUGAGGUGAUCAUUGUACGGGUGGAGAUCAAUGGACAGGAUCUGAAAAUGGACUGCAAGGAGUACAACUAUGACAAGAGCAUCGUUGACAGUGGCACCACCAACCUUCGAUUACCCAAGAAAGUGUUCGAAGCUGCUGUCAAAUCCAUCAAGGCAGCCUCCUCGACGGAGAAGUUCCCAGACGGUUUCUGGCUAGGGGAGCAGCUGGUGUGCUGGCAAGCAGGCACCACCCCGUGGAACAUUUUCCCAGUCAUCUCACUCUACCUAAUGGGUGAGGUUACCAACCAGUCCUUCCGCAUCACCAUCCUUCCACAGCAAUACCUGCGGCCAGUGGAAGACGUGGCCACCUCCCAAGAUGACUGUUACAAGUUCGCCAUUUCACAGUCGUCCACCGGCACUGUCAUGGGAGCGGUCAUCAUGGAGGGCUUCUACGUGGUCUUUGAUCGGGCCCGGAAACGAAUUGGCUUUGCUGUCAGUGCUUGCCACGUGCACGAUGAGUUCAGGACAGCAGCGGUGGAAGGCCCUUUCGUCACCCCCGACAUGGAAGACUGUGGCUACAACAUCCCACAGACGGAUGAGUCGACCCUCAUGACCAUAGCCUACGUCAUGGCCGCCAUCUGCGCGCUCUUCAUGCUGCCCCUCUGCCUGAUGGUGUGCCAGUGGCGCUGCCUCCGCUGCCUGCGGCGCCAGCACGACGACUUUGCUGAUGACAUCUCCCUGCUGAAGUGAGGAGGCGUGCGGGCAGGAGAGAGAGAUACCCCCGAACCACAGCUGGUGGUUCACUCUGGUCACGAGGAGGAGACACGGACGGCACCUGUGGCCAGGGCACCUCAAGACCCUCGCCCACCCACAAAUGCCUCUGUCUUGACAGAGAAGAAGGAAAAGCUGGCAAGGUGGGUUGCAGGGACUGCACCUGUAGGAACCAGGACAGGGAAGAAAAAAGUACUCUGACAGCAGGAAUACUCUUGGUCACCUCAAACUUGAGUUGGGAAAUCCUGCUGCUUGAAACUUCAGCCCUGAACCUUUGACCACCAUCCCUUUAUAGAGUCUCCAACCCAAAGUAUUCUCCUUUUCUUACUUCUGGAAGUAAGGUGACCCCCCCACAGGUGUCUCUGCAGUACCCUGGCAGAGCGAGGGCCAAUCUUGUUUCCCUGCUGGCCAGUCAGCGGGAACGGAUGGAUGCACAGUUUGCUAUUUGCUUUAGAGAUAGGGACUGUAUAGACAAACCUAACCUUGGUGCAAAGACUGCCUCUUGAAUUAAAAAAUUAUUAAAAAACAA